CCGACUUCCCGAACGUCACGAACACCACCACCACCGCCACCACCAUGGACAUCAUGGAAUAACGAUGAUAUGGGCUGUUGGCUUUGCCUUCAUCCUGCCCGGCCUGAUCGGCUGCAUCUCCGCCUUCAUGAAGAAGAAAGGAGUGUACAUCACACACAUGGUGUUUAAUAUACUCCAUUACAUCACUUACAUGAUGUUCUAUAUACUCCAGUAAAUCACUCACAUGGUGUACUAUUUUCUCCAUUAUAUCACUUACAUGAUGUUCUAUAUACUCCAGUACAUCACUCACAUGGUGUUCUAUAUACUUCAGUACAUCACUCACAUGGUGUACUAUAUACUCCAGUACAUCACUCACACAGUGUUCUUUAUACUCCAGUACAUCACUCACAUGGUGUUCUAUAUAUUCCAGUACAUCACUCACAUGGUGUUCUAUAUACUCCUGUACACCGCUCACAUGGUGUUCUAUAUACUCCAGUACAUCACUCACAUGGUGUUCUAUUGUCUACAGUACAUCACUCACAUGGUGUUCUAUUGUCUACAGUACAUCGCUCACAUGGUGUUCUAUAUACUCCAGUACACCGCUCACAUGGUGUUCUAUAUACUCCAGUACAUCACACACAUGCUGUUCUAUAUACUCCAGUACAUCACACACAUGGUGUUUAAUAUACUCCAUUACAUCACUUACAUGAUGUUCUAUAUAUUCCAGUACAUCACUCACAUGGUGUUCUAUAUACUCCAGUACAUCACUCACAUGGUGUUCUAUAUAUUCCAGUACAUCACUCACAUGGUGUUCUAUAUACUCCAGUACAUCACUCACAUGGUGUUCUAUAUAUUCCAGUACAUCACUCACAUGGUGUUCUAUAUACUCCAGUACAUCACUCACACAGUUUUCUACAUACUCCAGUACACCGCUCACAUGGUGUUCUAUAUACUCCGUUACAUCACUCACAUGGUGUUCUAUAUACUCCAGUACAUCACUCACACAGUUUUCUACAUACUCCAGUACAUCACACACAUGGUGUUCUAUAUACUCCGGUACAUCACUCACAUGGUGUUCUUUAUACUCCAGUACAUCACUCACACAGUUUUCUAUAUACUCCAGUACAUCACACACAUGGUGUUCUUUAUACUCCAGUACAUCAGUCACAUGGUGUUCUUUAUACACCAAUACAUCACACACAUGGUGUUCUAUAUACUCCAGUACAUCACACACAUGGUGUUCUAUAUACUCCAUUCCAUCACCCACAUGGUGUUCUAUAUACUUCAGCACAUCACUCGCAAGGUGUUCUAUUGUAUAAAGUACAUCACUCACAUGGUGUUGUCACACUGUUUUGUGUUCUCACAUUGUUCUCCACAUUGUUUCAUGUUCUCAUAAUGUUUCGUGAUCUGACACUGUUUCGUGUUGUCAGAUUGUUUCGUGAUCUGACACUGUUUCGUGUUCUCACAGUUCCGUGAUCUCAAACUGUUUCGUGUUCUCACAUUGUUCUCUACCUGUUUCAUGUUCUCAGUUUCGUGAUCUCACACAGUUUCGUGUUCUUACACUGUUUCGUGUUCUCACAUUGUUCUCACACUGUUUCAUGUUCUCAGUUUCGUGUUCUCACACAGUUUCGUGUUCUCACAUUGUUCUCUACCUGUUUCAUGUUCUCACAUUGUUUCGUGAUCUGACACAGUUUCGUGUUGUCAGAUUGUUUCGUGAUCUGACACUGUUUCGUGUUCUCACAUUGUUUCGUGUUCUCACACUGUUUCGUGUUCUCACAUUGUUCUCUACCUGUUUCAUAUUCUCAGUUUCGUGAUCUCACACAGUUUCGUGUUCUCACAUUGUUCUCUACCUGUUUCACGUUCUCACAUUGUUUCUUGAUCUGACACUGUUUCGUGUUUUCAGAUUAUUUCGUGAUCUCACACUUUUUCGUGUUCUCACAUUGUUUAUCUACCUGUUUCAUGUUCUCACAUUGUUUCAUGUUCUCACACUGUUUCGUGUUCUCACAUUGUUUCGUGCUCUCACACUGUUUUGUGUUCUCAGUUUCGUGAUCUCACACUGUUUCGUGUUCUCACGUUGUUCUCUACCAGUUUCAUGUUCUCACAUUGUUUCGUGUUCUCACAGUUUCGUGAUCUCACGCUGUUUCAUGUUAUCACAUUGUUCUCUACCUGAUUCAUGUUCUGACAGUUUCGUGAUCUAACACUGUUUCGUUUUCUCACAUUAUUCUUUACCUGUUUCAUGUUCUCACAUUGUUUCGUGUUCUCAUAUUGUUUCGUGUUCUCACAUUGUUUCCUGUUUUCUGUCCUCCAGUACAUCACCCACAUGGUGUUCAGCAUCAUCACCCUCCUCGUCAUGGGAAUUGCCUUCGUUGCGGGAAUCCUGGUCCUGGC